GGCGGCGCCCUGGAGACCCUGCAGGGCCCCGGCGUCUCCUGGCUCCACCCGGACGGCGUCGGCGUCCAGAUCGACACCAUCACGCCGGAGAUCCGCGCGCUCUACAACGUGCUCGCCAAAGUGAAGCGGGAGCGCGACGAGUACAAGAGAAAGUGGGAAGAGGAAGUGACUAGAAGGAUGAGCCUGGAAUCUUUGGUGGAAACCUUGCGGGAGGAGGCGCAGGAAGCGGAAGCGCUCCAGGAGGAGCUCAAUGAAAAGAUCGAGCGCCUGAAAGCCGAACUCGUCGUGUUUAAGGGUCUGAUGAGUGAUCCCAUGACAGACCUGGACACAAAGAUCCAAGAAAAGGCCAUGAAGGUGGACAUGGACAUCUGUCGGCGAAUCGAUAUCACAGCCAAGCUGUGCGAUGUAGCGCAGCAGCGCAACUCGGAAGACGUUUCCAAGAUAUUCCAGGUGGCUUCCAAGAAGAAGGAGCGCAAGCUAACGUCUGACGACGACCUCUCCGAACAGGAUGGGGAGAACAGCAGGUUCUCUGACGAUGAGGUCAGCUGCUCUUUGAACAUCACGGACGAAAUGAAGCGUAUGUUUAAUCAGCUACGUGAGACCUUUGAUUUUGAUGAUGACUGCGAUAGUUUAACAUGGGAGGAGAACGAGGAAACACUGCUUCUCUGGGAAGACUUCACAAAUUGCAAUCCGUCCAUCGACCUCCAGGGAGAGGAGGAGAAUCUGGGAAACUUGAUCCACGAAACAGAGUCUUUCUUUAAAACAAGAGACAAAGAAUACCAAGAAACAAUAGGACAAAUAGAGCUGGAACUGGCUACGGCAAAGAGUGACAUGAAUCGCCACCUUCACGAAUACAUGGAAAUGUGCAGCAUGAAACGGGGCCUGGAUGUGCAAAUGGAGACCUGCCGUAGACUUAUCAAAGGCUCUGCGGACAGGAAUUCCCCGUCUCCCAGCUCUGUAGCCAGCAGCGACUCAGGAAACACAGAUGAAAUUCAGGACGAGUUGGACAGAGAGGCGGAUGUGGAACCCAUGGUCAGCUGAUACGGGGUAGACGCGUUCCAGCAAAAGGGAAUAACGAAGAAAAGCUUAAAAAGUGACACAUGGAUGGAGGAAAAAAAGAAAAGAAAAAAAAAAACUUUUAAGCCCAUGCA